GGCGCUAGUAAAUUGCUCUUUGCAGUAAAUGCUCCGAAAAAUCACUGCUUCUUUUGUCGCAGCGGAACAGUCAGCUCCAGUGACAACUGCGGAACAGUGCCAAAGUAGCAGACAGUGAAAGAGCAACACAUCUCUACCAAUUUCCAAAUUAUGUUAUCUGGAAUAUAAUUAGAAUUGCCUUGUUUUUAUAUACUUUUGUCUAAGAAAUAUAUGUUGAAGAAGUGAUAAAUAUAUGGAAAAUCAUGACUUUUCAAGUGGAAUUUCAAGCAGUUGUUUUUGCAGCUGGAAAAGGAUCUCGAAUGUCUGAAAUAACAGCUGGAAAACCUAAAUGUCUUUUGCCUUUAGGUCCCAAACCUCUUGUGUGGUAUCCUUUGUAUAAAUUACAAACUGCUGGAUUUUCUGAUGUAAUUUUAAUAGUAUUAGAAACUCAAAGAGCUGAGAUACAGAGCACAUUGGAAAGAACUGAUCUUGAUCUGAAAGUAGAUUAUGUUUCCAUAAAUGACAAUGAAGAUUUAGGUACUGCCGAUAGUCUUCGCUUGAUUUCUGAUAAAUUAAAGUCUGAUGUUCUCGUCAUUUCUUGUGAUUUUAUUAGCGACGUAAGUUUGAAAGGGAUAUUAAACACUUUUAGGGCACAUAAUGCAUCUGUGACAUCAUUAUUUUUAUAUCCUCAACAGAGUGAGAACAUUAUAGUGCCAGGACCAAAAUCUAAAUAUAAAACAGAACGUGACUUAAUUGGAAUUGAUGAGCAAACUAGUAGAUUGGUAUUUCUGGCUUCAGCUAGUGAUUUUGAAAAUGAAUUGUCAUUGCCAACCACUUUGCUUAAAAAACAUACCAAUGUUAAAAUUUACAGCAACUUGAUAGACUCGCAUGUAUAUGUUUUGAAAAACUGGGUUAUCCAAUAUUUGAAAAGUGAAGAAAAUUUCAUGUCGAUUAAAGGAGAAUUAUUACCACAUAUUAUCAAGAAACAGUUGUCUAAACCUCCAAAACCAGCUGAUACUAAAGAAUCUAUUGUAAAUAUUCAAGACAGUGGUGAUAUAUUCGUAUUUGCAAAAGAAGAUGAAUUGGAUUUGGAGAUUAAAAAUGCAUCCUCAUAUAAUGAUCAUAUUGGUGAUUUAAGACCUGCAUAUCAUAGUGACAGUAUAAGGUGUUUUGCUUAUAUACCUCCAAAAGAUACGUUUGGAAUUCGUGUUAAUACCCUACCCUCGUAUUGGUCUAUUAAUGCUAAGAUUAUAGAUAGGUGGGAAAAAAUAACUAAUGGCAAAGAAUUGGUUUUAAAACAUCCAAAAGCGGUUAUCGCAUCAAACCAAGUGGACAAUAAGUGUAUUAUAUGGGAGGGGGCGAAAUUGAAUGAAAAAACAUCUUUCAAAAAUAGUAUUGUUGGCGCCAACACUGAAAUAUGCAGUUUUAGUAGAGUAUUUAAUAGCAUUGUCAUGAAUAAUGUUACGAUAAAGGAAAAGGUAGCAUUAGAGAAUUGUAUAGUUUGCGAUGGAGUGACAAUAGAAAGUGGGUGUCAAAUUAAAGGGUGUUUAAUAGGCAGUCAUCAUGUAAUACCUGAACAGUCUGAACACACCAAUGAAGUUCUUACAGAUUCCGACAGACUUAUGGAAUUUUGAUCCAUGACUGUAAUCUUAAGCGUUAAUAUUUAUUAAUGUUCCUUCACACAAAACAUCUUUUACGAUCAAUACAAUGUUAAAACUGAUUUAUAGAAAAAAUUCAGUUGGAUUUUGUAUGACAACAAGAAAUAAAAUAACAUUUCGGACA